CAGCUGACUGUUUGUUGACAACAAGACAGUUCUCACGUGUUUGAACUGGGAAGGUGGCAACGACCCUAAUACUUAAAUCAAGUCCUCUGUCAUUUUUUAAAUUGUUUUAACUUGUGUUGUGUGUUCUCAUUCACUUCGGGACAGGUUGAUAUUUUAAAGAAAAGUCUCAUUUGUCACUGCAGAUAAUGGAGUUAACGGCUUUGACUUUAAACUGUUGGGGUAUCGCCGGAGUUUCGAAAGAUCGCAAGAUUCGCAUAGAUGCUAUAGGAAACCAUCUGCAAUCAGGAUGUUAUGAUUUUGUGUUUUUGCAAGAGGUCUGGGUAGAAGAAGAUUUCCAACUGAUAGCCAACAAAGUGGCAAAUGUCAUGCCGCACAGUCACUAUUUUCAUAGUGGUGUCAUCGGUGGAGGAAUCUGCAUUCUAUCCAAAGCUAAAAUUAUAGAUGUUUUCUUCCAUGCCUGGUCCUUGAAUGGAUAUAUACAUAAAAUCCAACAUGGUGACUGGUUUGGUGGAAAAGGUGUUGGGCUAUGUACUGUUAUUUAUCAUGGCCUAAAAAUCAAUCUUUAUGUAACUCAUCUACAUGCGGAAUACAAUCCGUCAAGUGAUGAAUACCAUGCCCACCGAGUAGUACAAGCCUUUGAAACGUCGCAAAUGAUACGCUACACGCGGAACAAAGCUGACGUUUGUAUCCUUGGUGGCGAUUUAAAUACUGAGCCAGGAAGUCUUGCCUACCGACUUAUUUCUGACCAUACCUCGUUGCAAGAUUUGUAUCUCGCCACCGGAAAGCCGGACUCUGAAGGUACGACUAGCGAAACAUCAGUCAACUCUUAUACAGCGAUAGAAAGUCUGUAUGCCUGUCCUAAUGGCAAACGUAUCGAUUUCAUCAUGGGUAGUUCAAGAGAAGGCCUACAGAUUGAGACAGUUAAUGUCAACAUUCCACUGCCAUCUCGCAUUCCUGGCUAUCCGUUUAGUUAUUCAGACCAUGAAGCAGUUUGUGCCAAAUUUAGAAUUGUGGAAGGCCAGUCUAAUGUUUCAAGCCAGAGCAAAGAAUUAUCCAUCUGUUCAUUGAAGGAAGCUUUACAGGUGUGUGAUUCUGCGCUUAGGAAUCUCUCCAACGACAGACGAAACUACUGGCUGGCCUUUGGUCUAUUUAUCGUUCUGUUAAUGACUCUACCUUUUUCUUACGAUGGCUCACGUAUUGUUCACUACACCUUGAUGGUCACCCAUUUGUUCCUGACUCUUGUCGCUGUCUUUUGCCUUAUCAUGGCCACCCUUUGGAAUCGGAUCGAGUUACACGGCAUUUUGGCAGGGAAACUCGCCAUUAUUACUCGAUUAAAAUUCCUUGAAAAUUUAAUCUAACACCAUAUUUUAUCAGAUUUUAUAAAAAAUACUUUAGCAUAGGAUGUCAACAUACCAACUACCGUAUUCGUAUUCGAACCAAAGAAAAUAAAGCUUUUUACCGACAGA